CAAAGCCAGUUCCCUGCCCUUCCCGCCCCGUGCGGCCGCUCUGCCCUUUCCGGGUGAGGCGCUGCCUCCCUCCGCGCUCUGGAAGCGGCCGAAAGGGGCGGUGGCGGCGGGAAUCGCGCCUCUCGUCAGGCAGCGCCGCUUCCCUGACAGGCCGCGGCCGGGCCGGGCCGUAGCGGAGGCAGCCGCCGAUGGAGCACCAGCAGCCGGGCGCCGCCGAGCGGGAGGCGGAGCGGGAGCGCGGCCGCUACGCGGAGCGCCGGGCCGUGGCCAGGGAGCAGCUGGCGCAAAUACAGGAACACAAGCAUCAGGCAGACCUGGCUAAGUUGGAAAACAGAAGAGAAGGGGAAGAAAUACAAAGGCUCAACCGAUUGUACCAACUGGAAAUUCAGAGAGGAAAGGAAAACGAACAGGAGGAAAAAAUUGAACGCCAGAGGCUGCAUCAUGAGCAUGUAGCUGAACAGAAAGUAAUUAAAGAUGAAGAGAAACAAAGAGAAGACGAAGAUGAUGAUCGGAUUAGGGCUUACAUUAAAGGAAAAGAAAUGAUGGCUGAUCUGAGAAGAGAAGACGACGCAGAGACCAAUAGGCUAGUUCAAGAGCAUCAGGAUAAAGCUUUUAAACAACUAGCUGGACAGAUGAAUCAGACAUUGAGGAUGGAAGCUGAACGUUUUGCUCGAGGAGCUGCAGAGGUAGAAGACGAAUACCAAAUGAAAACCAAAGAGAGAGAAGCAAAAAAUAAGGCUGCCAUUGAAUCUAUUGCUGAACACAGAGCCACUGUGGUGAAGAUGAAACUGGAGAAGGAGAUAGAGGAAAAAGCAGAAAAUGAAAAAGAAUGCCAUGCAUUUAUGGAGAAGAACCGCAUCUACCUGGAAGGGGAAGAAGCCAAGAAACAAAGACAACGUGAUGCAAGUAUGGAAGUACAGAAGAUUCAGCUCCAGCAAAUGGCAGAAAAGAAGGCAAAAAAAGAGCAGGAAAAACAAGCAGACUUGGAUUAUGAUGCUCAGAGAGAGGCUGCUUUUUGUAAAGAGCAAAAAUUUCGGAGAUAAAGACACAAGCAAACAAUGCAAACUUUUAAUAAAGCUUUUGGAUGGCAGAAGCUGAAGCCUUGAGAAGAAUCAUUGACUACAGUAAGAGUUGUGCUGAAAGUCUGCAGAGCUUGAUAAUGCUCCAAAUGCAUCGCUAAGUGCACAUUUGCAUGUGCUGACUACUGUGUAAUUGGUGAGUUAAAUGGGUCUUAGUCUACUUCCACAGCAGCAAGAAGCAAGGUGGAUUGCAGCCUCAUUUCCUGCUCAGUUUUUUUUGAAAAAGCCCUGUUCUGUAGAUUAUGUCUGCACUUGAAAUCUACAGCCUGCUUCCAGGGGUCUUAUACCUGCUUUUACUUCCUGUGUCUACAGAAAUACCAAACUCAGCCACCAGGAAACAAUUCUUCCUUUCAGUAUACAUAAAGUGAAGUGUAGGAAUCGUAUGCAUUUUUUAAAUGCACUAAGCGUUGAUUCAUUUGACCACAUUCAGCAUGAAAAAAACAGCAUGAAUUGAUCACAUUAUACUACUGACUUCCAAAGAUACAUGUGCUUUGUGUGCUUGCUUUAAAUGACUAACUCUUGGUGGUGAUCCCUGUAAAACUGCAAAGAAGUGUUUUUAGAUCAUGGAAUUAAAUUGAGGUUCUAGAAUUUUUAGUGACAAAGCAUUUUGGUAACAUUUCAUUGUUCUUCACAGUUUUGCUACCUCUGAAAAGCAAGAAUGGAAAGCUUCUUGCAAGAGUAAUACAGAAGACUAAAGUCAGUUUUAUGUUUGAUAUAUUGAAGAACACAAAGGAAGAAAAAAGGACUGGGAAGAAGCUGAGAGAACAGCUCCUUGUGCGAGCAGAAACAUGAAAGCUAUUGAACAGCCUGAGAUGAGAAAUAAAUGAAACUGAGAAAGCUGGGCUUGUUCAGUCUGCCAAGGAGGCAGCUAAGGAUAUAGAACAGCCUGCAGCUGGUUGAAGGGUGGUACAAAUACAGCAGAGCCAAACUUGUCUCAGUAGUGUCAGGUGAUUGAUACAACAGUGAUGUGGGAGAUAAGAUAAUGUCAUGAAAAUUCCCCUUUUGGCAGGAACAUGGUCACUGGCUCAGAGUGGCCAGAAAGGUGGUAGAGUCAUUACCUGGGAAGGCUCUGAAGAUGUAGCACGUAAGGCAGGAGGCUGGUGUACCUGACCACCAGGGGUACUUCUCUGCCACUACUUAAAGAUGGUAACAUAAUACAGGAAGUUCAAAUACAGCUGAUAAAUCUGCUAAGCAGGAGGUAUUCUCUAAUGCCUACUGUCAUUACUUGUAGUGGCUAUUAGCUAAAGUUUUAAUUAAUAGCUAGCAAAUCAGAAUAUGCUUUGAGAAAUGACUGCUAAACUUGAAUUACUAGUUUUGCUCAACAUCUUACCCUCUCUGUUGGUGUGCUGCCUUGCUUCAGAAGGUCAUACUACAUCUAAUUUCCGAGGUAGUGGUCCCGUAAGAAGGCUAGGACCUUAGAAAGGCAAGUCCCCUCAGAGGGACUGAAACAGACACCUUGAAUCCAACUGCCUUUUUUUCCAAACCUCUCAAUCAACUCUGUGGAAAUAGACUGGCAACUUAAGCAUGGAGACAUGGGCUUCCAGGGUCAAGCAUGAUGUUCUCAAGAGUAACGCGACUCAUACCUGCAUAGCUACUAGCAGUAUUGUCUCUUCAGAUCUAAUGGAAUUUUGACAUAGGAAGUGGAACAGAAGUUUUCAAAAAUGCCUUGUCCUAGGUUGGUUUGACUUCACUCACAGUGCAGUUCUUUACUGUCAGAUAGUGUUCUGUAGGGUAGAGUUACUAGUUCAAUUCAAGUUCUUUAAUGUUAGUCGUUGCUACUGCUCAGCUCAGAGGAAGGUUGAAGAGGAUGCUCAACUGGAAAUAAUCUACCACUGAAAAGUAGAGUUGGCACCAUGGGGUGAUUAAGGAUUGACAUUUUCAGGUGCCAAUACAGACAGGCUGUUACUCCUGAAAACAUUUUCUAAGUCUCUGGUGGUUUUAGGCCAAAGAACUCAUUCUGUUUUAAUAGCUAAUUUUUUUUUCAGAGUCCUGUUAUUAACUUACAUGUUCGGUAUCUCUUGAAAUAGAAAAAUGCUAUAAAUAAUACGUAAUUUUCCUCCUUGUUCUUGGCAAUGCAUCCUUGUCUCUGAUGAAUCUUCCUUGUUCUGGCAGUGCCAUCUAUCUAGUCAUUCCCUUGGCAUUCUUGCAGCACCAUCAGUACAAUCUAAGCUUUUUGGUUUUGGUCUAUCAUGGCCUUUGCAAUUAAGAAUGAGAGCCCACAAAGGAAAUGUGCUAGAUACCUAAGGGAAUAUGUAAGUGAUUCAAACCCACCAUUUAAUCUGUUAAACUAAUCUUUAAAAAGAUCUAAAACAGCCUUAAAGCAUAGUUUUUCAUAGCUGCUUGAUAUUAUCUUGUAUAAACCAGAAUGGUUUUGUUUUUUUUCCUCUGGGUUUCCUAUCUCCAAUACAUUAUCCAGAGAAAUGUACAAUUCUUUUAUAUACUGCAGGCCUUACGCAUCAUAACUGCAGGCCCAAUGAAAUUCAAUACUAGAUCAGUUAAUAUAAUAGUAAUUUUUCCCCAUUCCAAAUGAGUAGCACUUGAUUUGGCCUGUUUUGGUCUAUUGAUUUUUUUCUUUAGAAGAGGUAAAGCCUAGAACAUGGCAACAUUUACUGGAAGUAAGCAAGAGUUACUAUGCAGACCAGAGACAGGAUCAGGCUGUCUGAUUCUGUAUGAGGCUACCAAGAUCUAUAAACUACACAUCCAGCAACUGAUACAGUGAAAUGGGGAAAAUGAAGCCAUUACUGCUGUAGGAUGAUUGUUUUAAUUACAGCCCCUCAAUUCAUAUUUCAUUGAAUAAUGAUUACUAAUUACAAAGGAGGACUUAAACUCUGUUUCUUUCUUCUUCAGAAAUACAGCAGACAAGUACAGAAGCAUCCACUACAGAGUAAGAAGCUAGCCACGGUCUUCUAAAAACCCUUAUGUGCCUGCAUAAUCUAUCAGUGCCUAACAGCUGAAACUAACCCUGGAAUAUGGUGGAAGGCAUGCAGUUUGCCAGAAUCUGCCAAUAUUCAGCUCAAAUACCAUAGCUAUAGCUACACAGCAGCUACAGUAUUUUUAUUAUGAAACAAAGCAGUAGAUUCAGUUUCUAGGAAGUCAAGAGGUAACAACCUAAACAUGAACACUUGUGAUGUUGGAUGUGCUGUACUUGAAUGUUACUAGACCUCAAAGCUUAAUUAAAACUUUACAUUUUGGCUUAAAAAAAUGAGCAAAUAAUAAAAUUAAAUUGUUUAAAAUA